AUUACUUUUAUCAUCCAAAGGAAAUAAUACAUGCCGUGUUCCCUUGUUCCUCAGCAGCCUCCUAGUUCGUAGGACGUAUUAUCUAGAUCAACGCCCGUUUUUUCUUGGAAAGUUCUGAACUUCCGGCACUAAGUUACGAGCAAAACCUGGGUACCAUAGCGUCCAAAGCUAGUUCGAUGUGGGCAAAUGGCCGCGUCUUGGCGGACGACACUCAUUAGAAAGUCCAAGAAAAAAGCAAAUUCUUGCAUUCAAGAUGUUGAGCAGGUAUUGAAGUAUUUUCAUGGUCUCAGACCAGGAAUGCAAGAAUAUACUUAUGAACAUGGAAGACAAGCAGAGUUAUUUGCCUUGGAGGGGACAAUCCCCAUCAAAUUUAGAGAUGUGACGUACAAUAUUCCAGUGUGUGUUCUGUUACAAGAGGGUCAUCCUGAAGUUGUGCCUCUGGUGUAUGUCAGACCAACAAGGUCAAUGGUAAUCAAAGCUUCACCUUAUGUUGACCGGAAUGGCAAAGUUGAUCAUCCCUACCUUCAUAAGUGGAAUUAUAAAUCAAGUAAUAUUAAUACAUUGCUUCAAGAACUGUGUAAAAUUUUUGCACAGCGUCCACCAGUUUAUGCAAUCUCAAGGGGUCCUAGUAGUUCAACUUUGCAACAAUCUCAGCGUAACAGUCAGCAAGGCACCAGGCCUUUGGGGUCCAUGUCUCAGAAUCCCCCUGCUCAAGGCUCCAUAACUGAUGAAAGCAAAAAGGAGUGUAUUAUAUGCAUGGGUGAGGAACCAAACAGUGUGUUGAUUCCAUGUGGCCAUCUGGGAUUGUGCAUAACUUGUGCCAGGGAGGUACAGAGGAACUCCAAGAGAUGUCCAGUCUGCAGAGCUGACAUUAAUCAAGUUCACCAAGUCUAUGAAUCCUAGACACAUCAGAAGAUAGAGUCUACAUUACAUAGUUUUGUGUUUGAAUGCCUACCAAACCUUCACAGACAUCAUUUAAGAAAAGAUUUUUAAACAGUUGUAUUAGAUCAGAUACAAACAGGUAUUUAAUUAAUAUGCACUCUUCAUGAAAUUUAUGUAUCUUUUUUCCUACAACAAAUUUAAGGAAACGUCAUUUUAAUGGCCUCCAUCAGACACAUGUAUCUAUUUUACAGUACUUGCUUAGCAUUUCACUAAAAUAGGAGUGAGAGGAAUGGAAAAAAUUUAUUUUCACUUGCAUCUUCAGAAAUUAUUUAAGAUGGGACUGUUCAAAAUGAAAACAAAAAAACAAGUUUUUAACAAUCCAUAAUAGUUAGUAAUUAAUAAAUAACAAUAAUAAAAAUAAUAAUAAUAAUAAUAAUUAGUGGGUACCACCACCCUGGAAUAACUAAGCUGCUUAAAAUGACCGGGAGCUGGAUUAAGUGAAGUAAAUUAAAUUGGAAAUAGUUAAAAAGUAUUUUGUUGAAUAAACUGAGAUGUCUUAGAAUAAUUAUCUGAGCAAUCAACAGGAAAAAACUUUAAAAUCUCUCUGUGUCCCUUCUAAAGUAUGUACAGUUUAUGAAUUAUUGGUCAUUGACCAAGAAUGUUGGGUUAAGAUUGCUGGAUACCAGCCAAGUUUUUUUGUUUUUGUUUUUGUUUUUUUGUUUUUGUUUUUUUUUUAAUGGGACUAACUUAGUACCAAGGCCAAUAACUGUCUAGCGAGAACAGACAAACUAUUUGUAUUAUAGGCAAAAGAUUAUACCAGAGAAUUUAGGUUUCAAAAGAACAUUGAGCUGGUAGUUUCAAGUAGGCAAGAGCUCAGGUGGCCAAUCAGAACACAGGAUUUGCUUCAUCUCGUCUGUCCUUAGAGCUAGCAGUGUAAUCAUUACAUUGAAGUUAUUUCAUAAUUUAACUUACGAAUUGUUAUAGAAUACAGUAAUAUUGGAGCUAUUUGCUCCUUUAAGUAAUAUAACAUUCCAUAGAUAAUAUUAAAGAAAACAACAGCAAUAGUCUUGUCUCUGCGCUACCUUUUACUUGUUUCGUUAUGUAACAAGAAUGUGCUGUAACGAUCUUCCAUAGGGUGAAAGGCACAAAGAUAACUUGAUUACUGUCCGUGAUCGAGAAUGGAACGCAUUACAUUGCAAUACUAAUAUCAACACGUUAUGCAGUUCAAAAUAACAUUUUGACAUGUCGAUCAAAUAAGCUCGGUGCAGUUACCGUAUUUCCUCAAAUAAGCGUCCAGGCUCGAAUAGGCUCCCUGCAGGCACAACUAGACAAUUCUCUAGCCAUUGGGGAGCAGUUAUCUCUAAGAUUAUUAAGGCCCAUCUCUUUGCUUUCAGUAUUCAACCGCAUCUUUGAAAAAGUAAUGUAUAAUCGCCUUAUUGCCUUUGUUAAAAAAAUGACCUACUAUAUAAAUCACAAUACGGAUUUCGCGAGAAGCACUCCUGCCAUCAUGCCCUACUCAAAAUUGUCAACAGAAUUUAUUUAUUUAUUUAUUUAUUUAUUACAAUUUAAUGGCAUUAAUAGUAAUACAUAACAACAAAACUAAUAUAAAUAGCCAUACGGAUAAUCUGUAAAGGAGUCCAGGACCCCAUAAAGAACAGAUCACCAAUGAAUAUCUACUAAAAUAAGUUACAAAGUAAAGUAUAAAAUCAAAAUAAAAUCAAUAGUUCAACAAUAAUAACUAAUUUAAUGCACGAUCCAGUAAACAUUUCUUGACUCCCCGCUUGAAAACAUCAACACUUGCUGCCUUACGAGUAUCGUAGGGCAAAAGAUUCCAGGAGUCAACUAUCCUGUGAAAAAAACUAUAUUUAAGUGGAUUUGUUCUUGCAUAUUUCUUCUUAAGAGAUAAAUCAUCGUAUUUCCUAAAUGAAUAAUGAUCCGCAUUAGAAUAAAAAUCUACGUAUGAAUCGA